GGUUCUUUAUAAAAAACAUGGAUAUUACUGAAGUUGAUCAUUAUGCUGUAUUGGAUUUACCAUCCGGUGAACAAGGUGCCAAGCUUUCUCAGCAGGAAAUAUCGAAAGCCUAUCGAAAAAAAGCAUUAGAGUUGCAUCCAGACAAGAGGCCGGAUGAUCCGAAUGCUCAUGAGAAUUUUCGAAAGCUCAAGACUUCUUACGAUUUUCUCAAGGAUGAGAAAAACAGGAAGUUAUUUGAUAGUACUCGAAAGAUUACGAUAUCAGAUCUCGAUCUUAAGGCAAGAGCAGAGGCAGAGGCAAGAGAGCGUGCUGCUGCUGCUGAACGUUAUGCUUUCGUCGAAAAGGAGGAACUAAGAUCGGCUAGGAUUGCUGCGCAUAAUGCUCAAAGAAUGGCUGGUAGAAAACACAAAGAGGCUGGACGAAAACUUAACCAUGGAAGGGCUCGAAUUCGUGCAAUGCGUUAUGUAAACAAAGUGUCACGAAGUAUUUCUAGUGGAAAAACUAAGAAGGAAGCUGAUCGAAUUCUGGCCAGUUAUUCAAAGAAAAAGCUGUGAUGGUUGAAUUUUUUUUAAUAGUUUGUGGUCAAUUUUUUACCUGAGAGUUUUUAGUUUGUUUUUGUUGGCAGGUAUUAAUAUUAUGCUCUCCUCUGCUCUUUGGGACA